CUCUCUCUCACACACACACACACACACUCUCUCUCUCUCUUAGCGUGUGGGACGUUUCAGUGAGUCCCUCUAUCUGCGGCAGCUGCGCUCCCCUUCUCCCAAACACACACACACACACACACUCACUCACUCUCACACUCACAUCACACUCACUGCCUGUGAAUGCAAGGACGUCCUUUCUUUCCUCUACCCGGAAGCUGGAGAUGCUAGGGACUUGCAGUUGAGGAUCCUGCACUGCUCCUGCACCUGAACUUCACUUAGAGGAGGAUCGUCGUGUGUCUGAGAGAUCGGAAUUCACCGGACACAGAUCUGGUGAACAACAAGGGACAACAUAAGAAGUUUGAAGUAAAUGUAACAUCUGACUGUGAAGGAAGUAGGAAUAAAAAGCCAUCAAGAUGAAUUUUGUUAUGAAGCAAGCGUUGGGAGGGGCGACCAAAGACAUGGGCAAAAUGCUCGGGGACAAGGAAGAGAAGGACCCUGAUGCUGAAAAAAAGGAGGAGGAAAGACAAGAGGCUCUGCGACAGCAAGAGGAAGAGAGGAAGGCUAAAUAUGCAAAAAUGGAAGCAGAGAGGGAAUCAAUCCGACAGGGCAUCAGGGAUAAGUAUGGAAUAAAGAAAAAGGAGGAGAAGGAGGCUGAGGCUCAGGCUGCCAUGGAGCAGGCAUCUGAAGGCAGUCUGACUCGCCCGAAGAAAGCUGUGCCCACCGGCUGUGGUGAUGACGAGGAUGAAGAAGAAAGUAUUGUGGACACAGUCAUGAAGUUCCUCCCAGGUCCUCUUGUAGACAUGUUCAAUAAGAAGUAACACAAUCAUCCAUGUGUUGUUAUUAAACCUGCCAUAAAUGCCAUAACCUUCACAACACCACCCUCUCUUCACUCAUUAGAUCCAAAGUCAAUGGACUCUGUGAACAUGCCAUGACUGUAGUCUUUAAUUUGGAGUGUUGGAUCCAGAAAUCAUGCCUAAAAUUGUGCACUAAAAUUGUAUAUAUAUAUAUAUAUAUAUAUAUAUAUAUAUAUAAAUAUAUACACCUUUUCAAAUUAAAGAUACAUUUAAUGGCAGAGUCCAGGGUCUGGAACAACACUAAUUACCCAAGCCACCACAUUUUUCAUUUGUAAAUAGCUUAUAAAAAGACUAUAUAUGAAUACAAGAAUAUAUCAAUAUAUACACAAUUACUAAGAGUAAAAGCCAUAAUUUUUCCUUGGAGAAAGUCCUCCAAACCAUAUUGUAUUUUUGAUUAAAGUUUGCUGUUCUGUUAAAGAUAUUAUUAUUAAAUUCAUGUGGUAGAAGUGUAUAAUUGUAUGUAAAGCACCAUAAUACCAUUUAUCAUAACAUUUAAUUAUUUGAAACCAUUGUAAAUGACUGGAAGUCCUGGAACAUGGAAAUAAGCAAAGGGAAAAAAAAACAUCUUUUUUAAGCAUGAAAAUUAUGUGAAUGCACUGUAUACCAUUUUGUUUGACUUUUUAGAUGAAAUACAUUGAUACUUAAGGCAAUAACUCUGUUUUUUUCAUUUUGUUGACUUAUACAUGCUACCAUAUGUACGUAAAGCUCUUCCAUUAGAAAUACAGUACAUCCCUUGCUCAUAAACUCAUUGUACCACUCUCUAAGUGUGUUAACAUGAAUACAGGCAUGCUAAUGUAGUCAUGAUGAGUGAAAGUAUAGAGCUAGGCACUAUAUCAAAUAAAAAUAGCUUAGCUUAGCACCUACUGUAAAACACAAGGACGACAUUGAGCACACACUAUUAAAAUUGGACCAAUAGGGCUCUAUAUAAUAUAUAUAUAUAUAUAUAUAUAUAUAUAUAUAUAUAUAUAUAUAUAUAUAUAUAUAAAACCAUCUAUGUAAUCUUCAUUGUCAUUACUGUAUAAUAAUGAACAUAGUGAUUAGGUGUUUACAUAUUUGUUUCUACGCAUAACUCGGUUGUGCGUCCACUUUAAGUGAGCAGACAGUGACAACAGUGCAAUAUUUGUUUUUGAAUGAAGAUGUCCUGUGUCCGUUGGUUAAUUACGGGAAUCUCGUCCCAGAUCAGCAAUAACAGACAAUCUUCAUCGUUGUGUAUUUAAAACUUAAUAAUUAAUUCAAGAAUGUAAGUGUACAGAUGCUGUGUCGUCUAACUAGUGUCAGUCAAAAUAAAGACUUGAGAUGAAGCAAAAUUAUAUCUUGCAGAAGAAAGUAGGGAGUGGAGAAUUUCUUUUUAUUUGUCAGUGUGAGUUUUAGCAUGGGCUUAAAACCGCAUUUGGUUUUCUGAGCCUUGCUCUUACAAUGUUGCCUCAGCCUGUGUUUGUAAAAUUCUUUGCAACUGUAUUUAAGUUGUUGUUUGUCAGUGUUGUUGUGGUGAUGUAUUCGUAGUAACUAAUUAGAAGGAAAACAAUGGGUCUGCGUUUCUCGAUCGUGAGAGAUCAGAUAUCAGGGAUGACCGA